UCAGCUCUACGGAGGAAUAAAGGGUCGCUGCAUUCCCGGCUUCUACAGCUGUAUUCCUUCGUUUUACUAGGUUUAAUAUCAUAUUCUUAAUUCAUCAAAAAUGUGGGCCAAAGCUGCUUCUAUCAUCGCCCUCGCGACCACCGCUGUAGCACAGAGCAAGGGCUUCAACUACGGCGCUACCAACGCAGACGGAUCAUGCCGCGGCUACAACGACUUUGUUCGCUUUUUCAAUGAGGCAAAGAGCCUGCCCGGAGCUUCAGGCUUCAACACAGCGCGUCUGUACACUUCGGUUCAAUGCGGUACCGCGGCCGAUCCGAUCUCUGCCUUCCAAGCAGCCAUCGACACCGACACCCAAAUCCUUGUUGGUCUCUGGGCUAGUGCUGGACGUGCAGCAUACGAGAACGAACUCAACGCUUUGAUUCGUGGCGCCAGGGAGCUCGGAAGCGCUUUCACAGACAAGAUCGUCGGCAUCAGCGUAGGAUCUGAGGACUUGUACCGCAGCAGCCCGCAAGGUGUACAGAACAACGCCGGUGCCGGUGCUACCGCUGCGGAAAUAGAGGGUUACAUUGGUUGGAUGCGCGACUGGAUCCGUGGUACCGCGCUCGAGAGCAAGCCUAUUGGCCAUGUGGACACAUUCACUGCGUGGAUUCUACCCGAGAACCGUGGUGUUGCGCGCAGUGUGAACUGGCUUGGACACAACUCUUUCCCGUACUUCGAGACCACGAGGCCGAACUCGAUCGAUCUGGCGCGCGAGAACUUCUUCGCGGGUCUUGGUCAGACCGAGAGCGUAUCCGACGGAAAGCCUGUUUGGGUUACCGAGACCGGAUGGCCACGAAUUGGCCCUAACUCUGGCUCGGCCGUUGCCUCUCUCGAGAACUCCAAGCGCUACUGGGACGAAGUUGGCUGCUCUCUCUUCGGUACCCGCAACACCUUCUGGUACACCUUGAAGGAUGCCAAUGCCGCGCAGACCGACUUGUCUUUUGCUAUCACGCCCCUCCAGAACAACACGCCGUUCUUCGAUUUGACUUGCUAGACAGUCAGUGCUAGUUCAUGGUCCGCAUGAGACUCUCAAGACAGCGCGUCUUGCAUAUAAUAUAGAUUUAAUGAACGGGAACGCUCGAUUCGGAGCAUCCACAGCUAUCAAAUACCUGUUGAAGUACUUAUAAAUCAUUACGCACAAUCG